AUGACAACAAUACUGGGCAAGCCAGUGGGGAAGAUCGGCUACGGGUUGAUGGGUUUUACAUGGACGCCCAACCCGACGAAGUAUGAGGACGCAUUCAAGGUCAUGAAGACAGCUCUUGAGCAAGGAGCCAACUUCUGGAACGGUGGCGAACACUACGGUCCCCCAGACGCAAACUCGCUGCAGCUGCUCAAAGCGUAUUUUAGCAAGUACCCCGAGGACGCAGACAAGGUUGUGCUAAGCAUCAAAGGCGGGAUGGGCAAAGGCCACACCUUCGACGGGACAGAGAAGGGGGUCCGACCAAGUGUGGAGAACUGUGUACGACUGCUGGGAAAUACAAAAAAGAUAGACAUCUUUGAGUGUUCCCGCGUGGACAAGAACACCCCGAUCGAAGAGACGAUGGCGGCCUUGCUAAAGAUGCGGGAUGAGGGUCUCAUUGGGGGUAUCGGCCUGUCUGAGGUUCGGGCUGAGACCAUUCGACGGGCCGCUAAAGUAGCUCCAAUCGCUGCGGUGGAGAUAGAGCUAAGUCUCUGGAGUACAGGCCCAAUAAACAACGGCAUCCUUGACGCAUGCAAUGAGUUCAACAUCCCCGUCAUCGCCUACUCGCCUCUGGGCCGUGGAUUCUUGACCGGUAAGAUCCAGUCUCCCGACGACUUGCCAGAUGGAGAUAGACGAAAGGCAUUCCCACGCUUCCAGUCAGGCAAGAUUGACAAUAACAUGAAACUUGUCAAAGCGCUCGAGGGCAUCGCCGGCCGGGAAGAGGUGACCUUGCCGCAAAUAGCAAUAUCUUGGGUUCUAUCUCUGGAGAAGAAAUUCAACGUCGCCAUAGUUCCUAUCCCAGGCUCAACCAAGAGCGAGAGAGUGCUUGAAAAUACCACUGAGCUGAGUCUGGACGAAGCAAAUCUGGAAGAGAUCAACCUUAUCAUCGCUCAACAUCCAGUGGAGGGUGACAGAUAUGACGAGCAGGUCAUGCAUCUGAGUGAUGGAUAA